GGCCCGGCCCUGGCUGCGGUGGCUGCGCCUCAGGCUCGAUCAGCGUGACUCUGAACGGCCCCAGCGAUGUCCAGGCUAACGCUGUCCGCUGCCAGCCUAAAGCCGGUGCCCCUUCUCCAGUCACUACAGGCCCUGAUAAAAAGACAGUCUUUCCUCUGCGUCCCAUUUAUAUAUUGAAAGGCUGCAGGAGGUAUCCCCGAAGCCUCUCUCUGUGCUAAACAGACCCCACUCUCUCCGUGUUCAUUCACAGGAGAUGUGUUCCAGCCCUCUGACCACUUCCAUUGCCUCCUUUGGACCUGCUCUACCCUCAUAACAGGAGCAGACAGGCAGUGCUGUGAGAGCAACAGGAGGAAGAGGAUCAUUCCUGUAGCAUCAUUUUUCUGAUCACGCAUACAUAUGGGGAACAACAGCAGCUCCACAGUGGAUGAUCUACAGGCUGUUGAGAUCCACCACUGGUACAAAAAGUUCAUGAUGGAGUGUCCUUCUGGACAGCUGACAGAGCAUGAAUUUAAACAAUUCUUCGGGCUUCGAGGUCUGGAUCCAGAGGCCAAUGAGUACAUUGAGCAGAUGUUCCGCACAUUUGAUAUGAAUAAGGAUGGAUAUAUUGACUUCAUGGAAUAUGUGGCUGCCCUCAGCCUUGUUCUCCGUGGGAAGAUGGAGCAGAAAUUGCGAUGGUAUUUCAAGCUCUAUGAUGUAGAUGGCAACGGCUGCAUUGAUCGACAUGAAUUGCUCAACAUCAUUAAAGCUAUUCGAGCUAUUAAUGGUGGUGACCAUGAAACUAGUGCAGAAGAGUUCACCAACAGAGUCUUCAACAAAAUUGAUGUGAAUGGAGAUGGUGAACUUUCUCUGGAAGAAUUUGUGGAGGGAGCAAGGAAAGAUGACGAGUUCAUGGAGGUUAUGAUGAAAAGUUUGGACCUGUCACACAUUGUGGCCAUGAUCAACAACCGUCGUCAUAGUGUAUAAACCAAGCUGGUCAAAAACACUCUGCCAAUAGCCAGAAGGAUGUACAUACACCAGGAAGGAGACACAGCAUUUUUUAACAACAAAAAAUGUCCAUAAACAUGCAUAUGGAACUGCAAACAGAAAGAUACUGUUGUAUUUGUGUAUCUGAGUGCCUGUUCCUGUACAAAUAUUGAAACUCAGCCACAUGCACGCAGGACAGGUUCAGAAAAAGUAAUUUGAAUGGCAGUGCUUGACUUGACCUCCUAAAAUGUAAAAGCCAAGUUUCAAGGCAUGAAUUUCCUCUUUAUUCUGUGUCCUUGACUGUAAAGUGGCAAUGGACUAAAAAUAACACUACGUUUAUGAAGACCGCUGUCAGAGCUGGAUGAUGGAAUGUGGAGAAUUUCUGAUGUGUACAAACAGGAGCAUCAAACUGUUAUCAAUAUGAAGAACUACCAAAAGAAUAUAACUUCCACUGUUCUUGUCAUUGUAUUAGGUCAUAAACACCAGCAUGUUUGUCCAUACAACAUUUGCUUAGAUCUGGUAGUCUCUACAGAAAUAGCUUUAUUCAUAAGAUCUCAGAACCAAAAUAAAAAUCAACCUGACAACAACAAAUCUGUUCCCAGCUGCACUGUCAGUAAUGCUGUUUGCAGCUUUCUGUGAUCAAAGAGCUCUUUACCAAACAAAUCAACAGUUUAGGAACAGCUUCUGCAACUGAAUAAAAUACACUACUCUGUUUCCCAAGACAGAAAAAUUUCCUGAGAAAACUAUUUUUUACAGUAGUUGUCUUAC